GCUUCUUAAGGGCUCAUUUGCGGCCAUAUCCAUCCAAGUUUGGGUGUGUGUGUGUGUGUGAAUGCCUGUGCUCCAGGCAUGAGACGAUAGCCAACACCCUCCAGGAUCGAUCCAAACUGUACCCGCAAUCCUCCUCUGGUCUGGCAACAUGAAGCUGACCUCGAUCUCAAGCAUGCGGUACUUCUUGAACCACACGGCUCAUUUCUAUAGUCGCACGGUUAUGGUGAAGGAUGAUGAUGUGGACGAGGCCAUGAAGAUUCUCAACGGCAUCAUGGCCAAUGAAGGUUUGCUUAAGCGUUGGAAGCUCACGAGAAGAUAUGAAAAGCCCACUUGGGAGAGGCAUCGUGUGAAUUACGAAAGGACUCACGCCAUUUACAACGAGGAUAUGGGCAAUCGAAUCCAGUUCAUAUUGAGGAAACGUCGAACUAACCCGUACCCGGGGACCAAUUGAUCUUGUUCCAACGGAGGAUGAGUGCCACUUAGUAUUAGUAGAGGAAAUGAACUUGAAAAAGAAACCAUCCGAAGACUCGUACUUUCCACACAUCUCACUUCAUAAUGGACUGUUUAUUCGACGUUCGUCAUAGGGAAAACGGUGUAUAAAGUAGUCUUAGCAAUAGUAGUAGUUGUUUUUAGUUUUGUUCUGAGGCGCUAUUCGACGCAGUAAUGGUUGAAGGCGAAGAGACAAUCGCAUUUCUCGUAAUAAAUCAGAUACAUUGCGUA